CCUGCAAUGAAGUACAAUUUGGCCACAUCAAAACCAACAACUCCCUUUAAACAUUCAGCUCCACAAAAUGGAUUGUGUCAUGAUGAUAGUUCCAUCAAGCAAUCGACAUGUUCAAAAGUAUAUGGUUAGACAUGCAUGUCACUACAAAAUGUUGAUUGUCUACUACUAAAUUAUCUUAUGCCUGGAGUUGCCCGUCAUCCUAAUCAUCUACUUACUGUCUCUGUCCCUACCUCUACCCUACCCCUGCCCCCUACCCCUUUUAACAACGACCUUGGUUCUGUAGGGGCAGGAGGGUAUCUCCCCUUCAUUGGUCUAAGAUGAUGGUGGAAGUGAUGGAGUAGGCAUGAAGGUGGAUAUGUCGGCUCCAUCGACAGGUUGAGAAGAUGAUCCGCCAUGUUGAGGAGAUGCAGCUACUGAAGAUGCUCCACCAUGUAGAGGAGAUGGAGCUGCCAUAGGUGGUUCCUCAUUACCUUCACGAUUCUGUAAGCAUACAUAAAGAAACAAUAUAGAAUAUAACAAGUCAGAUAUAAUGCAUAAGCAGCGCUCGCUUGUGCGUGACUACGCGCGGGGCGGCCACAAAACGCUUCACUUAUUCAUUAAGCGGUGCACAAAGUGUUAUAUAAUACAAGGUAAGGUUUUUAAUCUUAUCACCGGCCUUUUCUUUUCACAAUGAUUAUAUAAUUACAUAUAUACAACUACAAUAAUAUAUAUAUAAUACGUACGUGUACAGACAAAUACAUACAAGGAUAUACAUAAGUGAAUUAACCAAUAAUUAUCAUCUAGAGGAGUAAUUUUCAUUUUGGUUUGAUGAGAUUAUUUUGUUAGUAAUUACUUAUGUGUUUUGCACGCCUAUUUAGUUAAAUAUUAUAUGAGUAUAUAACGGUACUAAAUUACUACAUAUAGAUAGUUUUAUACAUUAUUAUGACUAGAUAGAGUCAUAUAACAAUAAUGAAAUCAUCAAUUAAAUUGCCUAAAAUAUGUGUUCCACGUGUGGUACACAUUUUAUACAUGUUUAAUAUGUGGUACAUCAAAUAUAAGAGAUUGUUAAAUGUUAAUUAAUUCAUCAUAUUGUUUGUUAAGUUAUUAAUUAUUUAAAUUUAAUUGAAAAGUAUUGCAAAACAACAAUUUCAUCGAACAUUUAUUAAAAACGACUAUUUUUGCUUCCAACGCUUAAGCGUGCCAAAGCGAGCACGACGCUAGGGACUGCCUCAACGACUGCCUUACGCCUAGCACUUUCUUGAACCUUGUGCAUAAUUGGACUUUAAUCUAAAUCUAGAGCUUGCCUAUCAUUUAGCAAGCAAACAUCAGCAAGCAAAGCAUGUAAAAUGUGGUACAAAAGCACACAAUCAGGUUUAGAAUUAUACCUUGUUGUGAAAUCGACUGUUGUGUCCCUUUUCUCCGCAUAUUAUGCAUGUUAUGGCAAUUGCACUCUUUGACAUUGCUUUGUACUAUCUUCCUUGCUUGUCUUUCUUUGUUUUCUCCAAUUCCCAUGCUUCUUUGCGUCUCUUUGUUUGUCUAGAACCCCUUUUCUUCUCUGGAAAUUUCGGUGACUGAAGUUUAAGAAAAUCCUCAUGAAUCCACUGGUUGGAAUCAUUGAGAGGGCUGAUUGGAAAAGAGUAUGACCUCUUGCAAGCCUCGACACGAUAGCAAUCAGCCAUGUACAGUUCUGACUCCUCCUUGUUCAUCUUCAUGCAGGCAAUUGCAUGUUGGCAAUGGAUGCCACUUAACUGCCACCUACCACACGCGCAUGUUCGGUUCCUCAGAUCCACCACAUACCUUCCUCUGUACGACUCCACCUGGUACUCCAUGUUCCCAUUGAAGGUUGGGAAGCAAAUGGAAGCCCACUGUCUGUACGUGUUCAAUUUCAUUAUAGGCUUAGGACAAACACUGGUCCCAUUCGCCUCGAGUCACUCCAUUUGCCUCCUUCUAACAACUAAUCUCUUCAUCACUUUUUCAAAGAUGUCUUUCAAGAACGACAGAAUUGGCAUGCCUCAUGACUUGAGGAUGUACUUGUUGAAGUUCUCGCAAUGAUUGUUAACACCCAUGUAAGUUUGUUCGAAGUUCUGUAGAAUGCCUUGCAUCACUGUGUUCGGUCCCUUUCCAGGAGCCAUUGAUGGGGCGUUUCAUCCCCAAUCAUAUAUCACUUGCCAACAGUGCUCAACUACUCCAUUGUUGCCAAAUGUUCAGCCAAAUAGGUUGCACUGGCAGCUCUAUAGAAGAGAUCCCGCAGCCUCUUCGACCUGCUAAACAUCCCACUAAAGUUGACAAACAUAUGUCUUACACAGAAUCGAUGCUCAACAUUAGUGUACAUGGAGUUCAUCACAUACAUAAGACCCUACAAGGAUAAUAUAGUAGAAAGUAAGAAACAACCAUGUUCUAAUAAUACCCUACUAAUUCAUAGAAUGUGCAAAAUGCAUUAGAACCUACUAAUUUGUAUCAGACCCUACUGAAGUGCAUCAAAUCCUAAUUAAUUCAACUAAUUCAUGGUAUGUGCAAAAUUCAUUGUAAACCCCAUAAUAGGUAAGAUAAAAAAUAAUUACCUUUUGUCGGUCAGACAUGAAAGUCCAGUCUGAUGAUUGGUUUAUGUCCAAGUCUUCUCCCAAAUGUGCCAUGAACCAUUCCCAUGUGUCGUGACACUCCUUCUAGACUAUUGCCCAUGCAACUGGGUAUAUACAGUCAUCCUCAUCGAUCCUCACAGUCGAAAGAAGCUGCCAUCGGGGCAUAGCUUUUAGAAAACAACCAUCCACCCCGAUCAUCUUCCGACAACCAGCUUUGAACCCUUAUUUUAGUGGCCCCAGACAGAUUUAGAUGCUCUCAAAUGUUAGUUGCCUAUGCUCAAUCACCACUGAUGUACCAGGAUUCCUAACUUCCAACUCCUUCUUAUAUGCAUACAACUUUGCAAACUGGAGGCUGUCUUCACCAUGAACCACUUUCAGAGCCAGCUGUUUGGUUCUGUAAGCCUCCAUCCGGUUAAUCUUCAAGCUUAAAUCACUCAUGACUUUAUUGACGAGAUUAGGUAUUGACCACAAAGGAUCUACCUUAAACCUGGUCAAGUACUUCUUCAUAAGAAAAGAGGGUGCAACAGCCCUUAGGUCUUCACCAACACCACAAGUAUGCUCAAGAUUGGCCGUCCUAAUUUGCACAGUAUCACAAUCCUUCACCUUUGCAGCAUACAGUUUGAACCCACAUUCGUGUUGGCACACACAAAUCACGCGCUUCUUGUCAUUAGUUGGAAACCUCACAUCCCUUCUUUGAGUCACAGCAUGUGACUUGCAAGCAUUCUUGAAUCAUCAAAUGAUGCAAAUAGCUGGCCGAUCUUGAUCUCAGGAACCUCUAUAUCCCUUUCAGCCUGAAACACUGGGAGGAUAGUGUCUACAUUAAAAAAUCUUCGUCUUCUUCGCUGCCCCAGCCAGUCUUCUCCAACAACUCAGCCUCACUUGCAUAGUCAUCCUCCCUCUCUAGUACAUCCUCAUCUACAACAACUUCAUUAACGGUAGGUGCAGGUGGAGGCCCUCUAUGACUUGACCCUGUGGAUUCCUUGGUCUAUCUCCCUCCUCUUUGUAACCUUCGUCGUCCUAUUUGAACCGACCCAAAAGACAACUUGAUUACUUCCUCCUCCCUUCUCCAACUAUGAACCAUGUGCGCUGUAUCCGGGUUGCCACAAGAGGAAUCAAUGUGUUUGACAAAGAUUUGGAUAAUUUUGUCAACAUAAACGUAACAUCCCAUCUCUAAUACAUCACUGUCAUUUUC